GAUACUGGAGGGAUGCGCAACAGGUUGGAGGAAAUGCUGCGACAAGCUGCUGGUCUGCUUUGCUUUAUUUCUCUUAGUCUUGCUGUAAAAGAGCCCUGUAGUGGUGUUGAUCAGUAUAUAACGACUGUAGAGCAUGUGAAGUCUCAGUUGGGAAUUGAUUUUGAUUGGCCGUUUGGAUUGAAGUCUGCCGCUGCCUACAAAGCGGUCGUUUGUGCCAUCACGUUAAUGAACGUGGAUGCCAGAGGUAAAGACGAACGUUGGGUGAAGUCAGUUCCAUAUUUUGAAGAGUCGGAUGCUGGACCGACCGCAUUGACACUUCACGUGACGGAUCUGUCACGAGGAAGUAGGCUGGUUGACGUCAUCGUCGACGUGAGUAAUCAGAAAUUGCAAAUUCUGGCUGAAAAAAGGAUUAUAACGAGCGAAAUAUUGGACGAUACCACUGCAGCAAAGAUGGACAACGGCAGUAAGUCUAUUGAUGAGUUACUGUCAGAGAGUGACAGAGCAAAGUGCAAACGCGAUUUCCUUGAUGCUUGUGAACGAGGAACAGUGGAGAUUGACCCUUGGGUGCGACGAGUUUUGGACUAUCAGAGACGUCUUGCUUUGGAUAGACCUCUCAACUUCAUUCAGUUCCUUGGGUCGCACAACUCGUUUAAUAAUCAUGCAGAUGGCUAUGGAAAUGGUGACUUCCUAUUAAAUCGAAUUCUGGAAGAGCUUAGUUCUGGUGACUGGCAGUUUGUAUGGGCUCAACAGUGGUUUACGAUGACUGAUCAGAUGAAUAUGGGUGUCAGACAUCUGAUGUUGGAUCCUAUCUACUACUUGGGUGAAAUGAAAUUAUGCCAUGAUGGACUGUCGAUCCCAAUUGUUGAUAAAAUAAUUCACUUCCUGGAUGAAAUCUUGAACACAACGAUUCAGUUUAAUUCCAGAGAUCUAGGUUGCCUACCUCAUGAUCGAACUUUUAAGUCUGGACUUGCAGAAAUCUGUGAUUGGUUACAACAGAAAGGAAAUGAAAAUGAGUUUGUCAUGGUAUAUAUCAAUGAUGAGGGCUAUGUUGCAGAUUGGAAUCACACAGACAUAAUUUGGGAUGCAGUUGCUACCACCUGUCCUCACAUAUUGUUUACUCCAACAGACAAAGACAAAUUAUUUCCAAACAGCUGGCCUUCUCCUAGACAGCUUAUUACUAGAGGCAAGAGGUUGAUGUUAACUGGCACGCCAACAGUAAGUAACUCUAAUGUUUUCAGACAACCGAUGAUUCCCCCAUGGGACAAGAAUACACUAAAGUACUUCACUCCUUUCCCAAAGUGUGGCAACUUUAAGCCAGAUCAAUGGUAUUUGGUUGGAGGAGAGAGUCAGGUUGUUGGGCCAAUUUACAAUGGCCCUGCAGAGGAAGGAAUUAUGACGAGAGAGAACUUGCCAUUCGUUCUACAGUGUGGCGUUAGUUGUGCAGAGAUGGACCUUGUUUCACCUGAACUUAUAAGCAGUGCCAUGUGGUCGUUCAAUGUCGCGCCACCUAACAACUCGUGUGUUGCUAUUAGUGACUCUCAUUUUGGUCAGUGGGUUGGUCUGCUGUGUAAUGCGUCACAUAACUAUGCCUGUGUCAAUCACACCAAUUCAAUGGACUGGGUGAUCAGUGAAGGUAAAAGUGUAUUUGGUGAAGGGAAGAAGGUGUGCAAUGCGGAGGGAAGAGUGUUUUCUGGUCCUGUAGAUGGACAUGAAAAUGCCAUCAUUUACAACCUGAUGCAAGCAAAGGAAUUGACUCAACCUGUAUGGAUCAACACUCCACCACUUUACAUCAAUCAAACCAGUGGAAUGUAGGUGCAGGGCAGGACAUUGUGCCUUUCGCAUUGCUAAGUGUUGUCAGAUGGAUAAAUAGUCAUGAUCUAUUUGAUGUUUGUUGUUCACUCAUUGUUCAUUGCUUGUGCUAGGGCUUACUUACAUGUAAUAUCUCAGAGCAAAUUUAUCUUUACACUAUUGUCUCUAGAGUUUCAC